UUUGUAAAUCACCUGAGUUACUGGCAUAGCUCUGUCACCAUAACCUCUAGAUGUGACUGUUGAGAGCUUUUCUUAUUAUAGUCUAGCUUCUUUACAUGAGUUUGAAAUCCGAUUGAAUUGCAAAUUAUAUUAGUAACUAUGGAAUAUAUGAAGAGUUUGGGGUCUUCUGUCAUUGAAAUAAUCAAAGCCAAGAAUAAGCGUGAAAUGUUGGAGCAAAAAAUGGACGACCUACUGAGUCAUCAGAGACAAUUUGUCGAAAAUAAUCGUCGGUCCUUAGAACAGAAAAUAAAAGAAAAGGAAAAGGAAGUGUUUCGUCAGCUACAUGACUUACUGAGAGGGGAUCUGCCGUGCGACCAGAUAAACCAGGACUUGCAGCAAGCCAACGACGCUCUACGAGCAGAACUCGACAAAGAAAUGGAGGAAAAAACCCUUCUUCGCUGCCAGUCUGAUCAAAAAUCUCAAGAAAUCCAUCAGCUGCAAGAAGAACUGAAAACAGCUAAACAGUUUCUGAAGGAGACCCAGAAUUAUGCGGAAGAGAUGAAAAAGAAGAGUUUGUCUCAGGAAAUACAAUUAGAAAAGAAAGAAGCUGAGAUUCGGGAUUUAGAGGGGAAAAAUCAAGAUUUGACUGAGGAACUUGAGAAAGUGCAGUCAGAGUUGCAACUUAAACAAGCUGAGAUCGCUCAUCUCCAAAAUCUAUCUGCAGCCGAGUUGGCUUGUUUAAAAAAGGAAAUAGUAAACAUCAAGGCAGAGCAAAAGAAACUUCAAGAGCAACUUAACAACUCGCUUCAAGAAAAUGAGCAACUGAGCAAGCUAGACAAUCUGAAGGUUCAACAGAAGAAGCAAAAUGGAUUCGCUCACAGUAAACUGAAGACAUGGAUGCAAUCCUGUGCUGAUGAGAUGGCACAUUCACUGACCCAGGACAACGAGCAAGAGUAUGAGCCAGACGGACUCCCGGAGGUGGUCAGAAAAGGCUUUGCUGAUAUUCCUACUGGGAAAACCAACCCCUGUGUUUUGCGCAGAACAGCGCUAAACCUAAAGACCAGUCCCCGUCUUGCUGCUCAAAGCCAAAAUUUGUCACCAUAUGGCCAAUGUUUACAAAAAGGCAGGUCAGCUAAUUUUGCCAAGAUCUCUAAACCGACAGCUGGUGGCAGCAAAUCACCAAAGGUAGAUGAUACUCAGCAGUGCCAAACGGAAACAGCUAUUGAACCUAUGGAAUCAAGAUCUCCUCUUUGCAUGAAGAAGCAACACACACAAGCUGUUGCUGAGAACUCAAGGGAGAAUCUCCACACACACCAAGGCAGAUGUUCCUUGAGCACACAAAAACUACCUGAUGAAAAUGAACACGACAAAAACUGUAUGGUACAGUAAACCUGAGUAGUAUAAGUAGUAUACCAUGAAACAAACCCUGACCGCACCCCUUGACCCCUUAAACUCUGCCCCUUGACCCCUUAAACCCCACCCACCUGUCACCAGAAGUCCUGCUCCGUGGGGUAUUACUCCCAGGGUCAAGAUGCCACAUGACCAGAAGCAAGGUGUGUCACGUGACCA